AUAAAUUUCAAGUUCCGAGUCGAAAUCUCCAAGGAGUCUUAAGCGUCGCAGGCUACUUCAUUCUAAUUAGAGCUAAGGGAAGGUAAGGCAGAAUCUUACUCCAAGGAAUUAACCGAUGUCCGGCCUUGGGGACUUGGGCCUUAUGUAAAUAUUGCCCGGAACUUGAACGCCGAUAGGAAAAAAAAUAUUCGUACUAUACCGCCCGGGAAACUGGUGCCAAAGCAGGGGGUUUGCAAUAAUUUCGGCGAAGUUCAAAAGUGUGUUGGCAACCCACGGCAUUGGCAGCACGCUAUCUCAGCCGUGGACCCCAUUAGACCACGAGCCCGGGUCGAGUGGGACCGUAGUGUUGGAUGCCAGGCACAGUCCCAUGCGAAUGUGACCACGAAAGGAGGAUGUUUCAUACUAGUUAAGCCUCCUGGCAACAUCAAACUCGCGGUCUCGAUAAUGCUCAUUCUGUCGAGUUUAGUCACGUAUGCAUCUGCGCAUCAAAUAGGGGGAAGGUAACUCUCUGCUAUUGGCAUAGUACUGGAGACGUGACGUUCAGGCAGCUGAUUCCAGACUCUGGUCUAUAGCGUUGGCUUUGGGCGAGUCAUAGUCUUGAGCAAAAUAUUGCCGCUGGUCACUUUGCAGCUCCGCCACCUCGGUUCACUUGCGGCUCCACUUGCGACUUUUAGGGGUCACAUGAGAAGCGAGCCAUUCCAUGCCCUCUUGUAGGCCAACUCCCCUUAGCGCAUCGCUUGGCCUACGUUUAUAGCAAUACAUUCAUCAAGGACCCCUGCACCUACGCUAUAUGCCAUGGUCGAUCAGAUAUGCGGUCAAGUUCAAGCUGUUGGCUACACUCGAAAGGUGUGAGUGCACCCGGAAUAUCCAUUUUGUUGGCAAAAAAUAUGAUAGGAACCGGACUGGCGCAAAUGUCGCGGUGCUUUAAAAGCAUUUCAAGCUCAUCUUUUGCAACACACAUUCUAAUCCUAGCACGUGUUCUAUCAUGGGAAAUCCAAUCCGCGAGAAUUACCUAUCAGUAGAGUCAACGACAAAAAUUAUAGCCUCAACUUGAACAUAAUAGUGUUCCCAAAGUGAUCUAUAGCGUGACUGACCAGACAUGUCAAAACAAGUGAUGGCGAGGUUGUUCACCUAAGAAUCCAAUAUUGCUUAUCCACACGAUGAAGGGGGAAUUUACAUGAAACUUGUCCGUUUGGAACCCCACCGUGGGCGUUGCUUCGUAUGUUGCAGCUUUUUCUUGGUACUUCUUUGGCUUAAUAUGCUGGAUGAGGGAUGAUUUACCACUGUUGUCAAGUCCGAGUACUAGAAUGUGCACAUCCUUGUCUUUUUUUGAGAGCGCAGCUGUAAGACGUUUUAACAUUGCCAAGUAUAAAAAGGCAAGAUGCCACCAGCAGGGC